UUUUCCCCGCACUCAAUAUUAUUUUGACGGGCAUGUGACAAAACAUCAAACAUCAAAUAUUAUUGGCGAGGGCAGUGGAGCAAAAUGUAUUGCUGGCUGGACAACCGCCUGAAAACAGUCGCCAUACAUGACAUGAUGGAGUCGUCAUCAGCAUACACUAGUAAUUCCAAAGAUUUAUGGAUAGAUAUACCGCCCGGCAGAGAUUUCAAUGCGAAGCGACCUGUUGCGGACAUGACUGCGGACAAUGUUGAAAUUAUUGACGUAGAUACUCCAGCAGAUAAUAUGGCAAAUUACGAUGAUUUGUUGCACAGAUGCCGCACAGCUUUUGCGAGUGGAAAAACAAGAGAUGUCAGUUUCAGGAAACGUCAACUAAAGAAUCUACUGCGGAUGUAUGAAGAAAAUGAAACUGAGAUGAUAAAUGCCUUGGAUGCCGAUUUGCGGCGUCCUAAACAAGAAAGCCUUGUGGUCGAAACGGAAUUUAUGAAAAAUGAUGUACUAAACAUUAUUUAUAAUAUCGAUGAUUGGGUUAAGCCGGAGAAACCGCCCAAAGCGUUAGCCAAUGCUUUAGACAAUUUAGAAAUCUAUCACGAUCCGUAUGGAGUAGUUUUAGUAAUUGGCGCUUGGAAUUAUCCGUUACAAUUGCUAUUGGUACCAGUUGCGGCUGCUAUAGCAGCCGGUAAUUGUGUGAUUUUAAAGCCCAGUGAAUUAGCAGCGAAUUGCGCGAAAUUUGUACAAGAAACCAUACCAAAGUAUUUGGAUAAUGAAUGUUAUCCUGUGGUAUGUGGCGGUCAUGAGGAAACUGCUGAAUUGUUAAAGCAACGUUUUGAUUAUAUAUUCUUCACUGGGUCCACAAGAGUAGGAAAAAUUGUUCAUGCUGCCGCUAAUAAAUAUUUAACGCCCAUUACACUGGAAUUGGGAGGCAAGAGCCCCUGUUAUAUUGAUAGAUCAGUGGAAUUGCGGACGGCUGUUAAACGCAUACUCUGGGGCAAAUUAAUUAAUUGCGGUCAAACGUGCAUAGCUCCUGAUUAUGUUUUGUGUUCCAAAGAAAUAGAGAAGAAAUUUGUAGCGGAAGCAAAAGACAUCCUCAAAGAGUGGUAUGGUGAUAAUAUUAGAGAUAGCCCUGAUCUUAGCCGUAUUAUUAAUAAAAAUCAUUUCGAACGCUUGCUAUGCUACAUGAAGCGUGGUAAAGUAGCUAUUGGCGGCAGUUAUACUCCGGCUGAGCGUUUCAUUGAGCCUACCAUCAUUGUUGAUGUUAAACCAGACGAUCCGGUUAUGCAAGAAGAAAUAUUUGGACCAAUUUUGCCCAUUUUAAAUGUAGAAAGUGCCUACGAAGCUAUCAAAUUUAUCAAUGGCAGAGAAAGUCCUUUAGUGGCGUACAUUUUCACCAUGGAAACUGAAGUACAAAAUUUAUUCAAAAACGGUACUCGUUCCGGAGGUAUUUUAUUGAACGAUACCAUAAUGCAUUAUGCUGCUGACACCUUACCAUUCGGAGGUGUCGGCCUUAGCGGAAUGGGCUAUUAUCACGGCAAGUACGGCUUUGAUACUUUUGUACAUAAGAAAUCGUGUUUGGGAAAAAAUCUUCAUCCGCUUGGCGAGCGUUUGGCUUCAGGACGUUAUCCACCAUAUUCAGAUCGAAAGACUAAUUUCUUGAAUUUUCUAUUACGGAAACGACGUCCUCUGCCAAAGUUGUAUUUUUCACAUCUUUUGGUCUUUGGUCUGGGUAUUGGCUUAACAAUUUUAUUCAAUAACUACAUGCAGGGUAAAUUAUUAUCACGUUAAUAAAUUGAAAAAGGAAAAAAAACAGAAACUUAAGCAAAACAAUAUACAGGGUUUGCAUUGAAAAAAAAAAGACCAUAAUAUUUGUGUGCUGUUAUGCGGGGGACCUCACAAAGAGAAAUUCAUCAUUUUACCAACCUUUAAAAGACGGAAUACGCAACUGCACCUUCUGGAUAUUACACGCAUUUAUACGUUUCCUUUUGUGGGCAAGUUCCCGAAAACAUAUUCCAAAAUUUAUAUAAGCAUUAAAGAUAUUCGGUGUAUUGUGAAGUGAUUUAGUAUAACAUUUCCUUAUUGUGGAUUGCUUUUAGUAUUCUUCCUCUCCAAUGUACACUCAAUAAGAAUCAUCCUUAGCUCUGCUGUGUGUAAA